CGCUCGAACCGAUGGCAGUAAUGAAUUAUCAUCUACAUAAAAAAUGAAAUCAAAUACUGAGUAGACAAAUUUAUAUUUUGAGGCACCCUAUGAUGAGCAAUCUGCGUAGAUAGAUUCUCUCUUUUCAGAAAUAAACAACAGAAUAUUUCAUUUUUCACAAAUUUAAAGACAAUGAAAUAAACUACAAAUAUCCCAAAAAAAUAAGCUUAAAGAAUGUUGGAGAUUACAUGCAAUGAUCGUUUAGGCAAAAAGGUUCGAGUGAAAUGUAAUCCAGACGAUACGAUUGGUGACCUUAAAAAACUCAUCGCAGCACAAACAGGAACAAGAUACGACAAGAUUGUUUUGAAGAAAUGGUAUACGAUCUAUAAAGACAACAUCAGGCUAUCAGAUUAUGAAAUUCACGAUGGUAUGAACUUGGAAAUGUAUUAUCAAUAGAAAGUCAAACAACCGAAUGUAAAAUUUUUUUGUAUUCAAAAUAUUUGUUCUGCAAUAAAACUAAGAGAAUAAUGUCACCGUGAAAUAAAAGAAUUUGAUCAUGGAAGAUUUG